AUGACUGGACUGUUGAGCCCACAUCUGGAGAAGUUUGACCCCGAAUCAAUAUCGAAUUACGUCAGCAGCCCUUCGAGGUGUCUCAAGAUCGUCAAGGGUCUUGUCUUUACAGGAUGCGCUUUGUUCUGCUAUCUCCUCUACACAAGCGUAGCCACCCAUCCAGAAUGGAACUACGUCUCAUCUGGUCUCUCAACCAACACAACUAAUACUACAACAAGCAUUACAACCCCGACGAUACCAAUCAAAUCGACGACGGACAUCAAAGCGGAGAUUAUCGGGUCGCUACACAAGACAGGGAAGCCGCUAUACUACACUAUCCACACCAACCAACCUUACGACAUCGACUUGGCCCUUCGCGCAGUCCUACACCUCAGCCCUGAUGAAGUCUACAACAAAGCCCUAACUCAGCCUAUCAAGAGCGGUGGCGAAGAAAAGCUUCGCGAGCUCGGUCUUCGCGUUCGCAUGUUCAAGAAAUACUUCGAUGCAUGGGAAGCAUUACAUGUCGUUACUGACGGUCUCUCCAACACCGCCUUCAUACGCGAUGACAUUCUCCGCUACAUCCGCGACGCUAAAGAUAUCUCUGCUUUUACCGCAGGCACAAGACUUGAAGCAAUGCAUGCGUACGAAACGUACCGCACUUUCUUGUCGAGCAUGUCUACGAUUCUUUUCCCCUGGACAACUCCUUACUUUUCCGACCACAUGACACUUCACGGGCACAUGUACAAUGCUGGUCGUGGCAUUGUGAUUUCUGGCAGCAACGACCAAGCUCCCUACAUCAAGACCGCUAUCUCAUCAUUCCGCGCAAUGGGCUGCACACUGCCUGUCGAAAUCAUGUACCUCGGUGAUGACGACUUGAGUGAGGACACCCGUGCAGAAUUGGAGACCAUUUCUGAUGUCAUCACUCGCGACAUCGAGCAGAUGGUCAAUGAUCAGGGAUGGGAACUGAAAGGCUGGGCAGGUAAAGCAUUCGCCGCUUUCCUGAGCUCUUUCCGCGAGGUCAUCUUGUUGGAUGCUGAUGUUCUGUUUUUCGACAAUCCGGAACUGAUGUUCGAGGAGCCUGGUUACGUCGACACUGGAGCUCUCUUCUUCCGCGAUCGCGUUGUCUUCCCCCAAGACAAGAAAUCUUUCCUUCGUAAGAUAUUGCCUAAGCCGGUCUCUGGUAAAGCUAGACAAAGCAGAUGGUGGAGUGGUGAGAGUGGUGAAUAUCAAGAGUCAGGUGUCGUGGUCGUCGAUAAGUGGAGACACUUCUUGAGCGUCUUCUUGACCGCAAGACUCAACGGCCCUGAUCGUGAUGACAGCGAUGCUGGAAAGGGUACUUACUCUUUCUGGUGGGGUGACAAAGAGACUUGGUGGAUUGGGUUCGAGCUCGCUGGCGACACGGACUACCACUUCCACCAGGGCGAGGCUGGCAACAUGGGUACUGUCAGCAACAUUGAGCCGAUCGAGAAGCCCAAGGAUAAAGGGGAGGAGAAGAAGGAAGAAGAAAAGACCGAUGAGGAACUGAACCUUCAGAAUCAACCGGAGCCGAAGGAGAAACCGAUCCUCUGUUCCCCACAAUUGCUCCACCUGUCUCUCUCUGGCAGACCCAUGUGGUUCAACGGCUGGAUCCAACAGAACAAACACGAAGCCGCCUCCAAAGUCUCCACUUUCGAAUUCUACAUGGGCGAGAAAAAGAAGGACGGAGAGUGGGCUGAGUGGGGUAUUGGCGCGGAUAACAUGUGUUGUUUGAAGAGCGAUGGGUUGAAGGCCUUUGAUGAAAAGGAGCUAAAUGCGUUGAAGAUGAUUGAGAAUAUUGCUUAUGAGAGCGGUGCAUUGGAUCAGGUCAAGAAGCCUGAGAAGGAUGCGGAGAAUGAGACUGGGUAUUAA